UUUCGCUUUCACUUCCGGGCGGCCGAGGGCGAGCAGCGGAGGCGCGGAGCCGCCCGCAGCGCCCCCCCGGCACGGCACGGCCCCAGCCCCAGCCCCGGCCCCGGCCCGCCCCUCCGCGGCCCCACCCCCGCAGUGAACUGAGGUUCCCCUUCCCCUCCCCCGCCCGGCGCACACACACACCACACACACACCGAGCCUUCCUCUGCCUACUCCUCCUCCUCUUCUCCCCCCCCCCCCCCCCGUCCUCCUCCUCCUCCUGCGCCGAGGCAGAGAAAGGGAAGGGCAGGGAGGAGGCGCCGGGCCUGGCUCUACCCGCCCCGAGCCGCCGCCGCACAACAUGGAGGAGCUGGUGGUGGAGGUGCGGGGCUCCAACGGGGCCUUCUACAAGGCAUUCGUAAAGGAUGUCCAUGAAGAUUCUAUUACAGUUGUAUUUGAAAACAACUGGCAACCAGAGAGACAAAUACCAUUCCACGAUGUGAGGUUUCCUCCACCUGCAGGCUAUAAUAAGGAUAUAAAUGAAAGCGAUGAAGUAGAGGUUUAUUCCAGGGCAAAUGAAAAAGAACCCUGCUGCUGGUGGUUGGCUAAAGUGAGAAUGAUAAAGGGUGAGUUUUACGUAAUAGAAUAUGCAGCCUGUGAUGCUACGUACAAUGAAAUUGUCACAAUUGAGCGUUUGAGAUCUGUGAACCCCAAUAAACCUGCAACAAAAGAUACUUUUCAUAAAAUCAAACUGGAAGUUCCAGAGGAUUUAAGGCAAAUGUGUGCCAAAGAGUCUGCACAUAAGGACUUCAAAAAGGCAGUUGGAGCUUUUUCUGUAACAUAUGAUUCUGAAAACCAUCAGCUUAUUAUUUUAUCAAUCAAUGAUGUAACAACAAAGCGGGCAAAUAUGCUGAUUGAUAUGCACUUUCGAAGUCUUCGUACCAAGUUAUCCCUGAUUUUGAGGAAUGAAGAAGCUAGCAAACAGCUGGAGAGUUCCAGACAACUUGCAUCACGAUUUCAUGAACAGUUUGUUGUACGUGAAGACCUAAUGGGUUUGGCCAUUGGCACUCAUGGUGCUAAUAUUCAGCAAGCCAGAAAAGUCCCUGGAGUGACUGCUAUUGAUCUUGAUGAAGAUACUUGUACAUUCCAUAUUUACGGAGAGGAUCAAGAUGCAGUGAAAAAGGCAAGAAGUUACCUUGAAUUUGCUGAAGAUGUCAUACAAGUCCCAAGAAACUUAGUAGGAAAAGUAAUAGGAAAAAAUGGAAAACUGAUUCAGGAGAUAGUGGACAAAUCUGGUGUUGUAAGAGUGAGAAUUGAGGCUGAAAAUGAUAAAAAUAUUCCACAAGAAGAGGGAAUGGUACCAUUUGUAUUUGUGGGAACCAAGGAUAGCAUCACUAAUGCAACUGUUCUUCUGGAUUAUCAUCUUAAUUAUUUAAAGGAAGUGGACCAGCUACGUUUGGAAAGACUGCAAAUAGAUGAGCAGCUUCGACAGAUCGGAGCUACUUCUAGGCCACCACCAAAUCGUACAGAUAAGGAAAAAGGAUAUAUGACUGAUGAUGGUCCAGGACUUGGACGAGGUAGUCGACCUUACAGAAACAGAGGGCACAGCAGACGUGGUCCAGGCUACGCUUCGGGAACUAAUUCUGAAGCAUCAAAUGCUUCUGAAACAGAAUCUGAUCACAGAGAUGAACUUAGCGAUUGGUCAUUAGCCCCAGCAGAAGAGGAGCGAGACAACUACCUACGUAGAGGAGAUGGGCGAAGACGUGGAGGUGGUGCAAGAGGACAAGGAGGACGGGGUCGUGGAGGAUUCAAAGGAAACGAUGAACAGUCACGAACAGAUAACCGUCAGCGUAAUUCAAGAGAUGCAAAAGGGAGAACAGCAGAUGGAUCUCUUCAGAUCAGAAUUGACUGCAAUAAUGAAAGGAGUGUCCACACUAAAACAUUACAGAAUACCUCCAAUGAAGGUAGUCGGCUGCGCACGGGUAAAGAACGUAAUCAGAAGAAAGAGAAAGCGGACAGCGCAGAUGGUCAACAGCCGUUGGUGAAUGGAGUACCCUAAACUGCAUAAUUCUGAAGUCAUAUUUCCUAUACUGUUUCAGUAAUUCCUAUUCCACAUUAGAGAAACUUGUUAGGCCAAAGACAAAUAGUAGGCAAGAUGGCGCAGGGCAUGAAAUGAACAUAUGUUCUCUGUUAGCCUUUUUUAACAUCAACAGUAUGCAGUUGUUUUCAGAAUAAGAAGUUAUUCAAAUAUUUGCAUAAAAAUAUCUGAAUUUCCGAAAAUCGCUUUCAAGUACAUAUUGCACUUCAAACAAUGAAAGAAUCUUUUUGUUUGUUUUAAAAAUACUGAGCUGUGCAUUGGUAAACUUUCUGUUCAGUUGUACCAUUUUAACGCAUCGGGUCAAAAUCACUGCUCAAUUUCAAUUUUCAGAAUAAAUAGUGUUUGCAGUAA